CUGAACCGGUCACCAAACGUUUUGAACAACAGUCUCGCGUUCAUUGGAUCCUCGGGCGGUGAUUUCAUCAAAUCAGGUUUCAGGGAGGCGCACAAGGGGAUCUCGGCGGAUCUCAGAUCUCUUGAAGAUUUCUCCACGAACUCCGCCAGAUGAGCGUUUCCGGCGAGCGCCCGAGUGCCAAAACAUCGACCAGCGGCGAACUCUGAGCUGCUGUUAUGUGUGUUUUCUUUGUUUGCUCUGAAGCUCUGGCAACGGGUUGGAAAACAAUAGAAGACACGCCUUGUAAGCAGCAACACUGGCACGUUUUUUGAUAUGUAGAAGCAUUAUUUGAAAUGGCGGCUGAUCUCAUCAUCAGGAUUACAGCAUCAGGAAAAACUGGCCAAACUGGCAACAACUAAAUGGUUCAACUGAUUUACAUUAACUACUUCUCUAAUAAUGUUAUUCAAUUCUACCUGUGAGGCUUAUGACAAUCCAGUGUCCUUCUUCUACAACAAGACUGGCAAGCCCAUCAGCCCGAACUGGCGCACUCAUGACUUUAUUGUGGUCGGCCUCGGGCUCCCGAUUUGUGUCUUUAUUAUUCUGGCGAAUAUGUUGGUCAUAGUUGCCAUAAUCAUCAACCGACAGUUCCACUUUCCCAUUUAUUACUUACUUGGGAACAUGGCGGCCGCGGACCUCUUUGCUGGAAUAUCGUAUCUCUACCUGGUGUUCCACACGGGGCCGUGGACCAUCGGUUUGACCAUCAAAGAGUGGUUUAUUCGCGGAGCUUUGAUCAACAUGAGCCUGACCGCGUCUGUGGUCAACCUGCUGGCGGUGGCAGUGGAGCGCCAUCAGACCAUCUUCACCAUGCAGCUCCACAGCACCAUGACCAGGCGGCGUGUGGUGAUGCUGAUAGUCACCAUCUGGUUGGUGGCCGUCGUCAUGGGUUUGGUGCCCACCAUGGGCUGGAACUGUGUUUGUGACCUGUCCACCUGCUGCAUGGUUGCGCCGCUGUAUUCCCGCAGCUUCCUAGUGUCCUGGGCCAUCCUCAACCUCAUGGCCUUCUUUAUCAUGGUGGCCGUUUACACUCACAUCUUCAUCUACGUUCGCCGGCGGAGCCGAGUAAUGUCCCCACACACGGAUCAGCCCUCCAACAAUCAGACUGUUAUCAGCCUCAUGAAGACCAUGUCCAUGAUUCUGGGUACCUUUGUGAUCUGUUGGACGCCAGGUUUGGUGAUUCUGUUACUGGACGGUCUCAGUUGCGGUGCAUGUCAGGUUCUUAAAUAUGAAAAGUACUGCCUGGUUCUGGCCGAGUGUAACUCUCUGGUGAACCCCAUCAUCUACUCGUUUCGGGACAAGGACAUGAGGACCACCUACAAGCGCAUUCUCUGCUUCCCUUGGAGAAGAAUGCGCCAGCAUGAGGGGCCUUCUGGCAUCCGCUUUGAGCCUGUGAAAACAGAGGCACCCUCAGAGAAAAACAGCAAUAACUCCACCAGUUUAGAGCCCGUUUUGCCACAAAGCCUAUUGUCUUUAUAGAAAAAGUAUUUCUCAGUGUAAAUAAGUGACUUUGUAUUUGCUUAGUGAAAUGAUCACAGCUUGUACAAAGAGUAAAUAAUACUUCAUUUUUGAUAGCUUGUUUUGGUACAUGUUUUUCUCUUUUUGACAAUAGAUAUAUUAGGGGUCUUUUGUGUCAUUGAGUUACGAGGCACAGGCAGUUUGGCUGCUCACAGGGAGUUUUUCUUUUCCCAAAGUAAAAGCAUUCAUAUUCAUAAAACGGCCCUUUUUGGACCAUUUUGUUUUGUUGGGAAUGAGAUCAGAAACCGAAAUAUACCAGAUCUAAAACAGACAACUUUUGUGCUCUAUAUUUUUUUUUACU